AUGCCUCCGCCUCCUUCAGUCGUCGUGGCGGUGGAACCCACAGCUUCUCAGCGUGCCGUUGCAGUUGACGGUGCCGCCGCGUGGAAAGGCGUGGGCCAAGCAGGAAUGCAGGCGGACGGCGUGGGCAACACCCGCAGCGGUGAGACCAUCCGCGUGCUGCUCAGUCGCCUGCACAGUUGCCCCCCAACGCAACAUACAAAAAGAGUGUGGCGGCAUAUUCCCCGCUGCAAGAGCAGAAGCGGCAGCCACACUCUGCGGCCACCGCGCCACCCAGUCAGCCUCACACAAUAUUCCUUCCUCUUUAAUGCUGCACGCCAGUCACGCAUUGCCGCUGUCUGCUGCUUCUCCCCACCCUCGCCUAUCCCCGCUACUCAUGUCGCUGCUCCACCCUGGCACUGCGCAGCUGCUGUGCCUCCCACUACCAGCACCGGCGUGCGAAUUUGCCCUCCACCGCACCCAGACG